AUGACAAGGCCACCAUCACCGCCCUUCGGAAAGCCAUCCUCCGCGAGCUCAACCUCCACUCUUCCGUACUCCAGGGAGUGGGGAGUUGAUCCUACCAAAGAGAUCCCUCCAAGCCCAGCAACAACCAAGUACACUGAUUUCUUACUUGCAACUGCAGCUGGAAAAGUUGAUGGUGGGAAAGGUUCUGAUAAAAUGGCCACACCAUUCGAGAAGACAAAAAUUGCUGCGUACACUGUUGGGGCGAUGACUCCGUGCAUGAGGCUUUAUGCAUAUCUUGGCAAAGAACUCGGCGUUUUCCUGAAACAAGAUGAAAAUCACCCAUACAAGAAAUGGAUUGAUACGUAUGCAGCCACUGACUUUGAGAGUAAUGCACUCCAAAUAGAAGAGUUGCUUGAUAAACUAAGUGUCUCUUUAACUGGUGAGGAGCUCGAGAUUAUUGGGAAGCUCUACCAACAAGCUAUGAGAUUGGAGGUUGAGUUUUUCUCUGCUCAGCUCCUCGAAGAACCUGUUGUAGCUCCACUUUCAAGAUAUCGUGAUCCCAAAGACAAGCUCGUGAUUUUUUCUGAUUUUGAUUUGACAUGCACUGUUGUUGAUUCGUCUGCCAUUUUGGCGGAGAUUGCGAUUUUAUCACACCAAAAGGCUAGUCAGAGUGGGUCUGAUAAUGUCCUUGACCGUACAAAAUCAGCAGACCUGAGAAAUUCAUGGAAUAUGCUAUCUAAUCAGUACAUGGAAGAGCAUGAGCAAUGCAUACAAAAGUUACUUCCUCCAGAAGAAGCAAAGUCAGUAGACUACGAUCAACUAUACAAAGGUCUUGAAGUGCUAUCAGAAUUUGAGAGACAGGCAAAUUCUAGGGUUAUUGAUUCCGGUGUCUUGAGGGGAAUGAACUUAGAUGAUAUCAGAAAAGCUGGGGAGCGGCUUAUUCUGCAAGAUGGUUGUCGAAAUUUCUUUAAGAAGAUUGGAGAGACAAGGGAGAAGGUCAAUUUAGAUAUCCAUAUUCUUUCGUACUGCUGGUGUGCAGAGCUUAUUAGGUCAGCCUUUUCAUCAGUUGGUUGUCUUGACGGAGUAAACAUACAUUCCAACGAGUUUACCUUUGAGGGAUCUGUUUCAACUGGUCACAUCAACAGAAAGAUAGAGUCUCCACUAGACAAAGUUGAGAAGUUCAAAAUCAUCAAAAGUGACCUGGAUAGUAUAACACCAUCUUUGUCUGUUUAUAUCGGGGACUCAGUUGGAGAUUUGCUUUGCUUGUUGGAAGCAGAUGUUGGCAUUGUUGUUGGAUCAAGCACAACCUUGCGGAGAGUGGGCAAACAGUUUGGUGUUUCUUUUGUUCCGUUGCUUCCUGGUUUGGUAGAGAAGCAAAGGCGGCUCUGGAAGCAAGAAGCAUCCAUCUUCAAGGCGCGAUCUGGAGUUCUUCAUACGGUUUCUAGCUGGUCAGAGGUACAGGCCUUCAUUCUGGGAAAUGAUUCCAGCUGA